AUGAGCAAAAACUACGCACUAACGUUAAUCUGCGUGGUAAGUUAGUGACCAACAGCUUCUUAGGUAAUUGUCUCUUGAUUCUUUUAUUACAUAUCCUUGUAUAGUUGAGCAUAGGAGUCGUGUGCCAUGGAACUGUCUCAACUCGAGUCGCCAGGACACUUCCGCUUGAUCCCUCGAGAUGGUCGGCGAUAUUUCGAUCGUUAUGGUCUGGUGGAAGAUUUUGGGAAUGGCCAAGGAAUAGCGUGGAUGCUUUUCUGAGACUGGUAGCUUCUCCGGAUACUAGGAAGAAAAUGGUAUUCGAAUUCAGGCCGGAAGAUGGACCUCGUGCUUCGUUUGAUUAUCAGAGACGUUAUGGUUAUCGGGGACAGCGGUUGAUUGAAUUGCUUGGUUCUGGUUUUCAUCCGGAUAACGUGCCUUAUCAACAACCUGUGCCUGCUUCCAUAUUGGUACCACCACCUCUAUUCUGA